GGGUGGGAUAGAGAGGGUAGCAGCGGGGCAGUCUUCUCUUGAACCAGGAAGAAGAAAGUAAGCCGACUCCACCAACUUGGCACCAUGUCAUCCUCUUCCUCCCUCCUCCUCCUCCUCUUCCUCCUCUCUCUGAGCGGGGUGAAGCUGAUCUCAGGGUUUAAGAUCUGUGCCUUUAACGUACAAAGCUUCGGAGACUCCAAGUCACGCAACACUGAAGUCAUGCACACACUAAUACGGAUCGUGUCUCGUUGUGAUGUGUGCCUGCUACAGGAAGUGAGAGACACUAAACAGAAAGCCAUACCGCUGCUGAUAACUGAACUGAACAGGCAUGACAGCCAGAACCAGUAUGAUUAUGUGGCCAGUGAGCGGCUGGGCAGGACACCUAGCUACCAGGAGCAGUAUGUGUUUGUGUUCAGGAUCGGCUCUGUGACAGUAACAGAUCAGUACCAGUAUUCUGACAUGUUGCCGGGAGACGAGGAUGCCUUCUCCAGAGAACCCUUCAUCGUCCGCCUUCACACCCCCAAGACAGCCAUACGGGACUUUGUGUUAGUACCCCAGCACACCACUCCCACCAACGCUACUAAAGAGAUCGAUGCCCUCUACGAUGUCUUCCUGGAUGUCAAGAAGAAAUGGAAGACAGAGAUGGUGAUGUUCCUGGGGGAUUUUAACGCUGACUGUGGCUACGUGGCCAAGAAGAACAGGCAGCAUGUACGUCUCUAUAGUAACCAGGCCUUCCUGUGGCUAAUAGGGGACACAGAGGACACCACCGUUAGACAAACCACGACCUGUGCCUACGACAGGAUCGUGGUCCAUGGGGAGGCAUUUGAAAAAGCCAUCGUGCCCCAGUCCGCACAACCUUUCAACUUCGCCAAAGAAUACGGCCUCACAGAGGAACAGGCUCUGGACGUCAGUGACCACUACCCAGUGGAGGUUGAGUUGAAGGCGGGGUCAGAACAUUUGGGAGGCCACACCCUUCUGAUCAUCCUCGUGGCCUUCUUCAUCUCCACCUGAACCUGUGGCCACGUUCCAGGCCGACUAUACUGCAUUGCAUCAACCAAUGGUUGUGUCCCACGUCAAGCAUCAGAUGGCUAUACUGUAUCAUAUGAUGUGUACUGAACAAAAAUAUAAACACCACAUUAAACAUUUUCAAAGAUU